AUGAUAUCCAAAGUUCUUGAUGCUAUUCGACAUAAUCAAUAUAAACAAUUGGCUCUAUAUAUUCGUCAUAAUUACGAUUUAAAUAUUAAAACAAAAGAUGGUCGAAAUGGAUUAUUUAUUGCUUUGGAUAUUUCAGAACCAAUUAAACGUACAAGAAUGUUAAAAUUUUUAUUAGAUAAUGAUCUUGAUCCUACUCAACGUGAAUAUAAUUAUGGUUAUACUGUACUUAAUGAAGCUAUUUAUCGUCAACAAUUAGAUUCUGUUAAUUUAUUAUUAGCUUAUUUUGGUGGUGAAAUUGAUUUUAGACAAUAUGAUACACGUGGACGUACAAUUCUUCAUCAAGCUGUUGAAACAAAUAAUCCGGCUAUAAUGGAAUCUCUUAUCAAUGUUGUAAAUCAUUAUAGUAUUUCAGUUGAUAUUCCAGAUGAAAAUGGUCUUACACCAUAUCUAUUAGCCAUUAAACUUCAUCUACGUGAAAUGGCAACUAUUCUUUUGAAAAAAGGUCGUGCAAGUCGACAACAAUCAGAUAUAAAAUCUCAUAAAAAUGCAGAUGAUUGGGAAAUUGAAGGAAUUCAAGAACAUCGAUUAAUAAUACGUGAACGUUUAAGAAAUGAAAUUAAUGAAGCACUUAAAGGAGGACGAAUUAUUAAAGCAAAAAAAUUACGAGCUGCCUAUUCUCUUCCAUGGCCAAUAAAAACAUUAGAUACAAAUCAAGAUGAAAUAAAUCAAAAUUUUUUAAGUGAUAGUUUUAUUGAAACAUCUCGUGAUAAAGAUAUAUCCGUAAUGAGUAUUGAUCAUCAUCAUCAACAUUUACAAGCAUUAAAAGUAACACCAAUUCAUCAGUUUAUUAAUAUGAUGCCCGAAGGUACAAUAGCAGAAACAUUUGUUAAUAGUAAACCAUCUUCAGAUGAAGAUAUACUUGAUAAUUACAGUCAGAGUAAAGCAACUGUUACGCAUCAAAGUAAUAAUAAACCGACAAAUGAAAUGUAUCUAAAUGCAAUCGUCGACCUUUUCCAGGUAAUAGAGCAUCAAAAAUAUUUCAUCCAUCACAUUUAUGUUUUCUUUAAAAUUUUACUCAGGAGAAAAGAUUAUGAUUAGGUAUGCAUCAGUUCUAGUUUUUAACUGUAAGAAUUGAAAUUAUUGGGAAAAUGUUUUGAAAUGAAUUAAAAUAAAAUUUUAAAUUCUGUUGAAGAAAAUACGGUAAAAAUAUCAAAAGCAUUUUAAUAGGAAUGCUUUUCGAAGUUGACGUUUAUAAGUAUAAGUAAUUUGAUUAUGGAGCUUCGAGAUGCGUAAAAUGCACAGAACAUUUCAUAGAAAUUGUAAGGUGCACGCAAAGCAAGGUUCGAGCAAAAAAUUUUUUUUCGAUGUUUCAGACACCAUUCGAUAGAGAAUUUUACGGCGAUCAGGAAUAUGUGUUCCCUGAAAAUUUUCGAUGCUUCUUUCUAUCGUAAAAAUCAAAAAAACUUGAAGGGUGU